AUGUCUACUGCGGACAGCGCUCCAGUCCCAAGGGACGCGCUGGACCUGCCGCCUCCCGCCGUACGCGAUGUCCUCCGUGUGCUCAUCAGCGCCAAAGAGUAUCGUCACCUCCACGAAUCCACACUUACACGCGUCCCAGCCGUCCAAAGCAAGCUUCCAUCUCCAGCACGCUUUGAUGUGAUCGCUCGUCCGAAGAACCGGCACAGCGAGGCUGCCGUUCGCGCUUCGCUGCGUGUCUUUGCCGGCACCGGAAUCGCCUUGAAGUUGGCGGAUCUGCUGAUUGCUCGAUUCCAAAGCGGCCCUCCACAGAAGAAAGCCCGAACUCCCCUCCUACGGUCUCCCAAAUUCCGUCUCUCGAUCUCCCUGUCCCUCCUCCUUCUCAUCCAUCGCCUCCUCUACCGCUUUCUCGUCCGACUGCGAGCCAACCUCCGCACCGAUGAUGCACAGCCCUUCAGAGAGCGCAAUCCGCGCAUCUCGAAGGCGUUGACCUCCCGCCUUGCGCCAGCGAUCGGCGCAAGUUUGGCGGGCUUUGCCCUAGGCAUCUGCCCUCAGGACCAGCUUCGAUUGACUGCGGCCAUCUACGCAGGCACCAGGAGUAUGGAAUUUUUAUUCAAUGUCCUGGACUCUAAAGGCUGGUUGGAUAAGCGACCGUGGUGGUUCGGCAGCUGGCUGUUGAUGCCCAUCUCGUUUGCGCAGCUCUUCCAUGCCUUUGUGUUUGAUCGCGAGACUACACCAAGUUGGUUUGGAAACGUCAUUCUCAAGCUCUCGCCGAGUUAUAUCCAAGGCCGACCGGAGUCGCUUCCGGCCAACGUCUACUGGCCUGAGAAGGAAGAGAUCGUGAACUCUCUUGCAUCUAUUGCUGACCUUCGCUGGCCCGCAUUCGUUUCUCCAAUUCUACACCCCGGUGAUGCCAACACCUUGCCAUCAGCAGUGCACUCCAUCUCCCCAAUCACUGGACCUGCUCACCCUGCGAUUACGAACCUAUCGUGCGCUCUCUUGCAUCCGAAUCUGCCGAAUUGUAGCACGGCGUUCCUGCACCACCUUCUCCUCUCCGUGCCGCCGCUUGCACGGUUCCUAACGACCGUCACCCUAGCGCUCUCGAUCCCCAAAUUCAAGAGUAUACUACUUGAGCCUCUUGAUUCUGUGAGCACUAUCUCCAAGCGCAUCAUCACCAUGACAGCAGUCCUCUCUGCCGCAAUUGGCACAGCCUGGGGUAGCGUCUGUCUCUUGAACAACAACCUGCCCCGCUCAACACUCCCCACCAAGCGUUUCUUCCUCAGUGGAGCACUGGGUGGUCUGCCAUUUUUGUUCCUGGGCAACAGCCGCAGCACUUUCCUCUGGAUUUUCCGGGCGGCUGUUGACUCGGCGUACAAGACGGGAGUCAAGCGCGGACUCUGGAAGGGCGGAAAGAGCGGUGAGCUGGUACUGUUUGUAGCAGCUUGGGCACUCAUGGGAUCGAUCCUUGAGGCGAACCCUUCGGCUGUCCAGGGCGGUGGUCUGCGCAAGGGUCUGGCCUGGCUGAGAGGCGACGGAUUUGCGGAUCCGAUCGAGGUCUCGAAGCGCAAAAUGCGUCGUGAAAAGAAAUCCGACACAAAUGAACCAACUAAUUAG